AUGUCCCUAGACACCCUUCGUGAUGCCAUAUCCCGGGAGAAAAAGAACGAGAUCGCCGCAUGUCAAUUGACCCGAUUUCGCAAGCUGCGCGAGCUCUACGCCUACUCCGCCUAUAUACUUUCCGCCCCAAAGCUCCACGAACUCAACUUCGAUGCGCCGCCCGACGCCGCAGAAUUGCAUUUCUUAGAUGAAAAUGACAUUGCCAAAGGUCGAUAUUUCAACGACGCAUCACUACCUUGGCCUACACAAGAUGCGAGUGUCUCACCAAAGUCUCCACGGUCAUCUGUCUCAGAAAAGUCAAGCCAAUUGCCGGCGGACAUGCAGACACCACGUGCGGUUGGCGAGUCGAUGCCCGGUGUGGAUAUCGACGUACGACCUUCACCCCUGGCGGACGGAACCGCAACUGCAAGUUCGGGCCUUGACGCCGACAUGACACAUGAAAUGGCGAAGGCUGUACCAAAAUCAACGCCCUCUCCACUUGUGAAAUCGUCUUCUGAGAUGACGCCGGCCGCAACAACGGCUAAACCCAUUGAGAGCAACCCGGUCCGAAGCCCUGCUGGCCAUGGCCGUGACCGUCAAUCGAGUGAGGGAGUUUCUCAGGAUGUUCUAUCUCAAACGGUUCUUCCCGAUUCUCCGUCCAUCGACCCCAAAGUUGCCGCUCCCCUGACUGCAGACGAUGCUGUCGCUCUCCCGGCUGCGGAAAUUCCGGGGUUCCAGGCUCAGGAUGAUCCGCGACAACCUAAGGUAGUCCACUUGCCUCCAAGGGACCAACAAGAGCGGCAUCUCCGGGAGGUAGAGCAUGCUCUUGCACGAAGGGAUCGCAUCUUAAACGAGAAAGCUACCUUAUCAUUGGGAUCGGGCCUCGGAGACCUGGCGUCCUCGCCAUCAUCCACUGUGGGACCGCAUUCAACCACCACCCCAAGACCGGCGCAUCCUUCUCCAGAUACCAGUCCUGACGAGGAGUCUUUUCCAGCAGACAUUGCAGCGUCGGGACGUAAUGGAUCGCUAUCCGUCUAUGAAGAGGAGAUGACCAAGGAUGAAGAACAUCGGAUCCUCAAAUCACAGAUGGAUGCAGCUCGAAGGAGAGCUAGAGCGGGAAGCCCAGCAAUGUCAGACGCACAGCUUCAUCUAGAAGACGAGCAGGCCAUAAAGGCUGCACGGGACGCAGCUUUUACGCCAAACGGGGCGGGAGCAAAUGACCAAGGUUCAACAUCUCAAAACGCCUUGGAAUCAGCGCAAGGAGCAGGGGGUGACACAUUCCCUCCCGAGGUCAAGCCUUUGACGACAGCUCUAGGGGUCGUCUCUCUAAACACCCCUGCAUCUGUUGAUAAAAUGUGGAAUGAUAUUUCCAAGGACAACCGGGGCGCACCUCUCAAUGUGCCUGACGGUGAUGCCACGACAUUAGAAUCAAGUCAGCCGUUGGCUACGUCUGCUCAGCGCCACCAGUCUGCAUCAUCAGGUGAGAUUGAAAGCGGCGAGCGUAAAGAUAUAGGCAUGAACCAGAAUCGCGCAGACGGCCUCCAAAGUGGAUCGGGAGAUUUUCCGCUGAUCCAGGAUUCUGAACGCACGUCUGCGAUCAACUCAUCUGGACUCAGUGGGGAGAACACUGCAUUAGGAUCUGUUGAAGUCGACUCAACGCAAGCAGUUGCGCAAAUGUUUAGCGAGCUAAGCCACGCUGGACAACGCGGUAUUAAGAGAAGGCGACUGUCUACUGUCGUCUUUAAAAACCAAGAUCAUACAGGAAUUCUCGACGAGCUGGUACGUGAAUCCGAGGACUACGCUGCGCUCCGAGGGGCAUCACAGGAUCCCGACAGAGAUUAUCUUGAGCCACUCUUCAGUUGGCAGGCACACCAAUCUCCUCGAUCUCGUCCACUCCUGGAUGUCCUCCAAACCGCAAACAAGACAGUCAGCACAGAGAACCAGCAUGCUGCUGCGGAAGCUGUGCACGAGUACAGGACCCUUAAGAAGAUCUAUCAAAUGCAGAGCGCUAGCCGCUGGUCUUUUCGACAGCUGGAGCGUUCCCAGGAGCCGCGGCGUCCACCUAAUGUUUGGGACAACUUGCUUGGUCAGAUGAAAGCGAUGCGGACUGACUUUCGGGAGGAGCGUAAAUGGAAACAUGCCAUCGCAAGAAAGAUGGCCCAUUGGUGUGCCGAGUUCGUCGCUUCGGGUCCACGACAACGGAAGCUAUUGCAAGUCAAGGUCCGACCCAAUGCGUCGUUCCGCCGAGAUCGUGCAGGGAGUAAUGGGGCAGCCGGGGCGGACGCUCUUGCGACUAGCCAGUCCAAUAUGAGUGGAGGAUCGCACGACGUACCAGAGCUUAUCCACUCCGCUGCUAACGAGACGGAGAGUGAAUGGUUUCCUGACGACGAAGGGCCGGGUUGCGCGUCAGGGACUGCACAACCACCCACUGCUCUCUUCUCGCUUGAUUACGACGACGUCAUUCUGUGUUUGGAGGACAACGCUGCCACCAACAGUCUCAUUUCGGAACUUCCCCUGUACGAGCCAAAGCCUUUACCAGACAUUCCCCCGGAUGAUCCCAACGAUUCUGCCUCUUCGACCGCCCCUGCGCUGCCCAUCGUCCCCGUGUCUAAGCUCGUUACGGGCAAGAUUGUACCCACAAUUCUGGGACCUCCGAAGAAGAAAAGCCGUUACGACUAUGAAGAAGAGGAUGAGGUUCAAGGAGACCGCAGCACAGGGCAGUCUUCCGAAGAUGUCUGGCCUUCUCAAGGCUAUCACAUCAGCCGUCAAGAGAUUCCUCCAGAGAACACCGAUGUUGCCCUUUUCAACAAGGAAAAUCAAACUCUGCGAGACCGUAUUCACGCCAGUCAUGCUUUCCGGCCUCCAGCGGAGUUUGGAAUGCCACCCACAACCUGGUUCGAGGCGAAGACAUCAUCGCAAUGGCUAUGGGAAGAAGACCAGAGGCUUCGUACGCUUGUCAGGGAGUAUUCCUACAACUGGUCCAUCAUCUCUGACCGCCUUGCGAUUCCUUCCCUCUUUACGUCCGCUGCCGAACGGCGCACGCCAUGGGAAUGCUUUGAGCGAUGGUACCUUUUGGAAGGUCUUCCUGCUGAUAUGUUGAAGACGGCAUACUUCAGAACGUAUCAGAGCAGGCUUGAAACGGCGGCAAGAUCUAUCGCGGCUCAGUGGCAAGCCUCCCAGCAGCAGCAAGCACAGACUCCUGGCCAGGGUACUCCUGUACGGCGGAGAAGCUCACAGCCUUGUAGAGUGGAGAGGCGGAGGAACAACCGCUACUUGGCCUUGAUAGAUGCGAUGAGGAAGCUGGCGCGGAAGAGAGAGUCUAUACAGCACAAACAACAGGAAGCCGCCAAAGCUGCUGCGCUCCGGAAGGCACACGAAGGAGCGCGUCCCCGGAACCAGACUCACACCCCACAACAGUUCAGUCAAAUGAAGCACGAGAAGGAGACGGCAAUAGCGCGCAACAACCAGGCGAUGCAUCAACAGAGGAUGCUCGCGAUGUCGCACCAGCGCGCUAUGCAGCAGCAGGGCAUUAACGGGACGAAUGGUCCCCAGCAACAACCACACAACAACCCUGGCGUGAAUGGCCAUGGUCCAAGCCCUCUGGGCAACGCCAACCUCCAGCCCGGCCAUCCUCAGCAGGGUGUCAACAUUCAAGCUCAACCACAUCCUACUGGUCAGGCGAAUCAAGCUAAUGGUGCUGUACCUGGCGUGCCGUUGAACCCACAGGCCAUCCCUCAAGCGAAUAUGCAAGUCAACAUGCGCGGUGGCCUACAGCCGCAGAGCUCCUCAGACAACCUACGCAUUGCCAUGCAACAGCGCGCCGUCCAAGGCGCAGCGGGCCAGCCACAGUACCCAAUACAGCGGAGCAUGCAAGGGGCCAUGAACGGCAUCAAUAGAGGGGGGAUGCCGAAUCCAGCUAUGCUAGCUGCUAUGGCCAACAACCAGCACAUGAACGGCAAUGCUGUCAGCGCCAAUGCAGCCGCAAGCGCGAACAUGAAUGGUGCCGGCAUCCCGCGAUCUUCAGCUUCUCCGCGGAUGAGCAACGCCAAUCCAGCAUCCCGACCUCAGCCUCUAUCAAGCGGCCACAUCCCCGCCAUCAACGAGAUAUCAGCCCACAUCCAAUCCCAAAACCCGCACAUGACCCCGGACGAAGUCCGCCAACUCGCCCUCGAGCGCCUCAAAAGCCGCACGAACGGAACCCGCCAAAACGCCCUAAACGCCGCCGGCGGCGCUGCAGGUCUUGGCUCCCAACAAGCAAGCCAGCACAUGGGGGCCCAGGCCGCCUACCAGCAGGCGCAGGCCCAGCAACCCAACCAUAUACACGCGGGAAGCGCCAGCCCGCCGAGCGGUAUGAGCAGGCAGCAGCUGUAUCAGCGCCAGAUACAUCAGCAUACUAUGCAGCAGCGUCCACCGUCGUCGCAGCAGCAGCUCGGCCAGGGGAGUCCGGUGCUGAGCAACGCAACGCUGGGGAGUGGCGGGGUGGUGGGGCAGGGACCGCGACCGGAGAGCAGGAGUGCGACGCCGCAGGGACAGCUGCUGAUGCAGGGGAGUCCGGUUAUGGGGCAGCAUCAGGCGGCUGUGCCGGGGAGUCGCUGA